AUGAACGAUCCACACAUCACAAGAGAAAAAACAACUACUAUUACUAUUAAUACUAAUAAUACUAAUACUAAUACUAGUAGUUCUACUACUACAAUGACUGCAUCUUCUCAGCGUACCACACAUUCAUCCACCUCACACGGAAGGCCACCAGUGGUUCCUCCUCACACAAGACGCCAAGAGAGACCCGUCUCUAUUUUGAAAUCAGCAGAUAAAAAUAGUGAAUCCACACCUCGAUAUACACGACGUGUUUCCUUUGAGGAGGAGGAGGACGACUUCGCAGAGCCAAGGUUGUGCUUUGGUACUCCAAAGAUUGCCGCGGAUGUAGAGAAGAAGAAAAAAACAUUACCAACAACAUCAAUGCCAACAACUACUAUAACUAUGAUAACAGCAAACGUAAAAGAGACAACAGUACCACCACCAGCAACAGCAAGAAUAACAACAACAGCGGCGGCAUCUUCUUCUACAGAAUCUUCUGCCAAAUUACAUAUGGAGAUACCACCAGAGGAGGAAUUGAAUGAGAAGCGAAUGUGUGAAGAACAAAUUGUCUCUCCAACUGAGAGAGAAAACCCACAUCGUAAGAGUAUACAUUCAUCCCCUCAGUCACCUCAUAAUGUACCUGUUCUAACUCCUCGUUUAACUUCUCAAACAGUCCACUCAGAAGUGAAGGAAAAUAUAGAUUCUGUCUCUUCUUCUUCUCUUACACUCACGCAUCCUGCAAUGGCAAUAACUUCAACGUCUGAGUUACUUCCUCCUCUAGAUGUGACUGUGAGUGAUAUCACACAAUCACCUAUUAGUGUUGAAUCUCAUCCAUGUCGUUCCAGUAGUCAAGAGUCCAUUCAGGAACGCAAUGCGAUUAUUUCUCUUAUUAAAAUGAGUUCUUCAUCAGAAUUAGAUACGGUACGAAGAGUGAUUGUUCCUGAUGACAGGAUACGACUUGGGAGUCAUGAGUUGAGUAUUACCCCAAUUUCACUUGAAGGACGUAAUCCGGAAUUAGAUAUAUCUGAUGAAAGUUUUUCAUUUUUCUUUGGAGGAAAAUCACCAGAACUUCUUCAUAAUUCUCCACCUGCACAACAACAACAACAACAACAACAACAAAAACAAAUACAACAACAAAAUCAGCAAGAAGAAGAAGAAGAAAAAAAAAAGGAGGAAACGUCUAAACUACCUGCAUUAAUAGAAACUGAUAUGAGACCCAUUGUACGACCCUCUCAAUUGCAUACCUUAAGUGUUUCUGAUGGAAAUAGUGGUACUUCACUCUUAUCUCUCAGACAUGGAAAAGCGAAUUCCGUUUCAGCUGGUGUUGACCCUAAUGAUGUUGUAUUUGAUGAUUCCUUCAUAGAUGCGAUAACAAUACCAGAUAAGUAUAGAGAAACAACAACAACAACAACAAGAGCAGUAGUUAGUGUAAUGGGUGUAAAAAGUGAAUGUUUGAGAAAACCAGAUGUAUUGGAUAACGCUUCGUUGAUUGAUUUACCUAUUCAUCUUUAUCCACCUCUUUUAGAUACGGAUGAGAUACCGUAUGUUUCUACGUCUACUCCAAUCUCUAAAUCUGUUUCCAUACCCCUUGAUGCUUCAUUAUUUCAAUCCAGUGGUGGUGAAAAGAGUAUACGAAAUGAAAAAUACAUUUACGCCGCACAGAAACCAAUUCUUUUUCAUAAGAUGUUCGUGAAGGAGAAAUCUGAAAGUCCUUUGUUAAUAUCACAAUCAGUUUCAUCUUUUUCAGGUUUACACAGAAAACAGAAAAAGAUUGAAGACUCUGGUGUCAAGUCUAUUCGUACGGCAGAUAUGAGUAGUAACAAGAGAAGAAUUCCCAUAAAAGAUCGAUCAUCCCCAUCGAAUUCUUCUUCUUCUGCAAUAUUUAAAAAGACAUAUUUUCCAAAAAGGAAAGCAAAGCCUGUUCUUGUGGAGUAUGUCAAUAAACUCUCAGAGGCUUGGCAAGACAAACUUCGCGAGGAUGAUAAUAAUAAUAAUAAUAAUAAUAAUAAUAAUAAUAAUAAUAAUCACAAUACACAUGGUAGUGAAAAGAGUAAAAAAUCUCAAAGGCGUUGGAGAUCUACAGAUGAUGAUAACUACAUUCCAAAACAUCUUGAAGAUAAAGCCAAAGAAUUAUUCCCUGGAGUUUUCUCUUCUCCAUUUGAUAUUUCAGAUAAAGGAGAUCGUAAAGUAAUCGCAUGGAAUGGAAACGUCUUCAAUACAACACCGUUACUUCCCAUCAGAAGAAUGGAGAUUGUGCCUCCAAAACCUGUCAAGAAGGAAAAGCCAGAAAAGAAAUCUAAACCAGCUGUCGUUACCACUACUAUUCAUAAAGGUUCUUCUGUUUUUAUGAAAAAGAUGAAAAAUAAUAAUAGUAAACCUCUUCUUCUUAUUAUUGAAGAAGAAGAGGAAGAAGAGAAAGAGAUAUUCGCAAAAACAUCUAUGGAGGAAAAAGAAAAUAUUAACGUUUUAAGUCAUGAAGAUGUGGAAUUUGAAGAAAUUGAUUCCCUUCAUGAACCCUCCAGAGAUGUGAUGAGUGACUUAUCAUCCCCAAUCUCUGUGAAGACGCCAUUAUCUAAGAAGAAAACACAACCCACACCUUUGAAAUCCAAUGGGAAUAAUUCUAACUUUAAAUCCAAUUAUGAAAAAGAACAGAAACUGCAGUUUAACACAACAACAGCAGCAUCAACGCAUCUAGAUACAGAAUCUUGUGUAAAACGAUUUGAGAAACUGCAACGUACAUUAAUGCAAUUGGCAUUUGAACAGGCCUUAUCUUCUCCCAUAUCCUCAUCUCUUCCUAAUGCAGACCUUGUUGAGGAUAUUACUUCCCCAGACCUCUAUCAUGAGAAUAAUAAAGAAGAUAAAAUGGAGAAGAAAGAGAAUGAGAAAAAUAAUGAAAAGGAGGAGAAGGAGAAUGAUAUUCUUGUGAGUCGUAGUGGUCCUUCUGCGGGUAUGCAGAGAAGAAAUGUAUUACGAGCACCAUUACCAUCACCACUACCAUCACCCCCACGGCAGCCGUCGUCAUUCCAGUUGUUAACACGAUCCACAGAAGGACUCAUUCGUACACCUGUGCGAAUAACACCAGCAGAAAGUGGAGAGGAUGAAAGUGGAGAGGAGCAGCCAAGUGAAAGGCAUUAUUUAUUUCCACCAACACAGCCCCUUGCGUCUUCUUUACAUACACAUACGCAGUACAGUAGUCACUAUAGUGUUUGUGAGGAUAAAUCUAUAAAGCGGAAUUCCACUGAGGAAUUACCGGAACGCUGCGUGACGGAUCGUUUGGCAAUGAAAUGUUUUGCACGUGAUAUUUCUGCAAUUGUGCGGGCACUGAAGGGAAGUGGUGUGUCGGCAGUGGUGUAA